GGAGGAGAAAGGGGAGGAGAUGAAAGGCAAGAGGAGAAGGGAGGACCGGGCGGGGAGGAGGCGAGAGGCCGGGGAGAAGAGGAGGGAGGCAGCUCGGCAGAGGGAAGGGACGGGACGGGACUCGGCGCCCCACGGGCCAUGAGCCUCCUGGCCACGGCGCUGGCCGCCCUGCUGGCCACGGCCCUGGCCCCAGAUGUUUGUGAAGCUUUAAAUGUGACAGUCUCUCCAGGACCAACAGUGCGAUACUCUGAGGGAGAUAAUGCGACUCUUUACUGCCACAUUUCUCAAAAGAGAAAGACAGACAACUUGCUGGCUGUGCGGUGGGUCUUUGCUGCAUCACCUACUCAGGAGUAUCUGAUGAUCAAAAUGACAAAGUUUGGGUCUGUCCAGUAUUAUGGAAAUUAUACUCAUCAUUUCCACAAGCAGAGACUUCAUCUUCUUAAAGAGAAACAUGGAACAUUGUACAAAUUUCUUAUUCUAAGCCUCCAGCAAACAGAUCAAGGGCAUUAUAUAUGCAAAGUCCAGGAAAUUGGCAAACACAGGAAUAAGUGGACAGCAUGGUCAAAUGGCACAGCAGCUACUGAAAUAAGAGUGAUUUCAUCAAAAUCUUCUGGUGAUCCUACUUUCAAGAAAAAAAAUGAAGCCUGGAAGUUUUUUGAAGACCUGUACGUGUAUGCAGUCUUUGUGUGUUCAAUAGGGAUCAUCAGCGUCCUCCUUUUUACACUUGUCAUUCUCUGCCAGUCACUCCUGAACAAAAGGAGAUCCACAGUGAAGCACUACCUGGUGAAAUGCCCCCAGAACAGCUCUGGGGAGACAGUUACCAGUGUGACAAGCAUGUCCCCUCUACAGCCCAAGAAGGUAAAGAAAAAGAAAGAGGAGCAGCCACCAGCCAUCCCAGCAAAAGCUCCAAUAGCCAAUAAUUUUCCUAAGCCCAAGCUCUUGAAACCUCAAAGAAAAUUGAUCCUGGACCACUGAUGCUGUCAUGGAACAGUGAGACUGCAGCAGUCCACGAGUGCAAGCUGGCAUUAGUUGUUUUUCCAGUCAAGUUAAAUUUCUGAGGUUAUUAUUUGAUUGUGUGCUUCACACCUAAUUACAAAUUUGGAUAAACGUGGUCUUAGUUUAAACUUUAAGAACUUUCAGUCUUACAGUGCUCACAAUAAACACCCUUUACCCUGCCAUGAAACAAACCAACUAAGCCUAGAAAGAGCAAAAUUGACAUUCUUGGUAAUGAUGACAUAAAAGUCAGAAUAAUUUUCAUUAAUAACGCAACCCUGCUAGGUAAUUUCUAGUACAUUUACAUCCUAGAUAAAACAAAUAAAAAGAAAACUAUGCAUAUAUAAACUUUAGUUUCUUUUAAAUAUUCAAAUGAUAGACUUUGGAGAUCGUUUAUUAAGAAAAAUGUUCAUAUAAUGAACUCUUUCAUGUAGUUGCCCAUGGGAAGCCCUGUGACUGGAAUAAACUAAAAUUAAACUGGAAGAAAUCUGGAAGAGGAAUCAUUUUGCAUUUUCCAGGAGAUACGCUGGAAAGUGAUAAGUCUUCCUAAUUUGUAUUUCUGCAAAGUGUGUGAUCCCAAGAUGAGAAAAGAGAAAUGCAAUAUAAAGACUAUACCUAGAAAUGUCACUGUGGAUCAGAAUUCUAUUUGAAAAAAUAAUUUCAAUAUUACUUCAGAACAACAAUAUAGUUUUGCAGGAAAGGAUGUUGCAGUCAUAGAAAUCCCAAUGGCCUCCUAAAUGAAGAGCCAGGAUAGAAAGAGAGAGGUGAGUGGCCAGUCAUCCAUUGUGUCUUCCUCUUCUGCCUUUAUACCAAUGCCACCUAUAAUAUCAGUUAUUAUAGCCACACCAUUGUUCCAAAAAGGAGGCGGUGGCAGAAUUUCAGGUUUACACUGCCAAAACACUAUCCAAUCCAAAUGAGAGAUGAAAUUGUAGAAUUAGUUUUCUUUCCCUGCCUGUUAUUAAAAAAAAAAAAAAAAAAAAAAAAAGCUUUUGGAUAAACAAACCAGCAAGAUUAAAUUAAACAUAUGGUUGACAAAUGAAGUACAGAAGAGCAAAAAACCCUGGCUACCAUAGGUACCUUGAAGUAGUGUUGGCUUUCAUGCACUGUUAUUACACAUCCUUUGCUGAAAACUGUAUACCCUUCACAAUUUUGAACCUCCUGUGUGUUUCCUCAUAUUUUCAAUCAAAUUAUUACAUACUAGAAAUAUGCAUAAGGGAAAUUAUUCUACACAUUUUAUGGUGUGCUGUUGCUUGUAGCAGUAAUUGAAGUACCUUUUCCACUUAUGAAAGUACUAAUUUUAUUUGGUUUUAUUGCUUUUCUAGAUGCAAUUAUUUAUUUAGUGUGUUUUGGCUUUAUUAAAUUAUGUUUACUAUAGGAACAUCAUAAAAAUGUAUGAAAGCAACACAUCAGCCACUACUGCCCAAUGACCUGUUUUGGGGAAUCUAGUGUUAUUUUUCAUAUCCAAACAUAAUAGAAUAAAGUAAGAAUAAAGAGAUAAUCUACACUGGAAAACAAUGCAAUUUUGAGAUAAUAUAAUAAAACACCUGGCCAAUAUGAUUUCAUAAAUCUUAGUUCUAAAAUUUACAUGAGCUGGGCGUUGUGUUGGCUAUUUUAGGGCAUGCAGCAUUUUCUAAAUGGAAACAUAACAUGAAAUACAAUUAAACAGCAAAGGGGAAAGCAUAUACAGAUUUAGUUUGCCCUGAGCAUUUGAUUUCUACAGAGCAAUGAAAGUAUUUCUGCUUUAAAAGAUGCACUGGGUCUGUCUUAGGAAAUGUAGUGCUUUACUCUGGCAGUGACCAAUAGAUUGUAAAUUUCUAUCAGAUUCAUUUUAGAAGGCUUUUCACAUGCAGUAUAUCAUUCUGCAUUUAGGGUCUGAGGUGACACCCACCAAAGUUGGCAGCGAAACUCCCAAUACCUUCAAACAGAGACUAGAUGUGCUGUCAUACACUGAGAAAAAAACCUUCAACAUUAGCUGGUGCUAUUGUCAUGUCCAGCCCAACUUAGCUCCCGUGUUUAGCCUCUGUACUACCUACUGAAGAGAUGGACAUACAUAGUUUUGAAAUCCCAAAAUGAAUCUUUUACAUAUCAAAAAAGGAAACUUAACAAACUUAAAUAUCUAGAAACUGAAGCUAACGCUCUCAGGAUAGAAAGAAGGGAAUUUUAAAAUUUGUUAAGUAUCAGAGCAAUUGAUCAAGAGCUUUUUCUAACAGGACAGGACAGAAGUCUUUCUAAGCACUGUGGUUUAGUUCAGUCCCAAUACAUGAACAAAGAAAUAUGUGAUUUUAUUUUGAUUGCAUAUAAGAUACACAGGAAGUCCAUUUACAUCUUUACACCAGGUAAUUCAACAAAAGCAGGUAACCUGUGUAGUCAACAGUGCAGCAUUUGACAUCAAAGGAGGACCAGAAGCUGAGGUCAAAUAGGACUACCUGUGCAAGAGGGGCGUGGAGGGAAGACUGCGUGUGAAUAAUCAAAUGCAAAGGUUACAGUCCUGCAGUUAGCCCCGCAAAAGGCUUUUACUCACAUGUACAGAUCAACUGACUUCUAUUACAUCACUUGUAGCAGCAGCAGCUGCACAAAGUAUUUCAGGAUCAGAUCUGCAGAGAAAAAAAGAAAAUUAAACUAAUGCUGGAAAAGUGUAAACUGAUAUACCCAGAGGUAUACAAUCUGAAACGCAGUGUGAGCAACUGUCAAGGCAAAGGGGCGGAUUUCAGGGCAGUGCAAAAGACAGGAAGCAGGGGAGCACAGGGACUGAUUGCAGAGGAUAUUAGAUGUUUAUCUUUUUAGCCAGAGGAUAACAUAUUAAUUACUCAAACAGGAAACAGGAAUCAUUUAUGUUGAAUCAGAAAUGAAUAAAUAGCAGUAAAUAAAGCAUAAAGGAAACUCUUGGCAUUAGAAAAUGUCAGUUUUUUCAUUAUAACAUUUAACUACUGUAUGGAAAAAUCUUGGUUUAUGAGAUUAGAGUCAGUUUUCACUUUACAACUGGCAAAGACUUUUUUGGUCUCAGAGGUGCAACCUUCUCUCUUAGGUAUAGUCUUGUGACUGCAACAAUUUACAUGGCUGGAAUGGUUUUGGUUUGCUUUGUUUUAAUUGUCCCAUUUAGGCUUACAUUUGACAACUGUUAUACUCAGCUAGAAUGUUGGAUCCAAGAAGAUCAGAGAACAAAUUCCCCAGUUGUUCACUUGCAAAGUGCUUUAGCACUUCACCCUUUUUCAGGGAGCACAGGCUUUAAUCUUCCACAGGUGAAGUAAAAUCCAUUUCCAGUACUGGGGCUCCAUACAGAAUUCCACAGCAACUCUUGAGUUUGUCACUACAUUUUCUGAGAUGAAUUUGAUAUGAACAACCCACACCCAACUAACAAGCCACACACACAAAAGAACAAGAGACAAGAGUUUUGUCCUCUAAGGCACCACUCUGAGUUCUGGAUGAAGUCCCCAAUAGCAGUAGGCAACUCUUCUGUCACCCACAUGAAAUUUGUUCAGUAAAUUUUCUUGAUGUCUCUCUUAGCUAAGCUUUAUAGUCUGAAGUAUAAACCUCAACCAAUACAGCAGAUGGCUUUGCUGUUAUGGCUUUUGUUCUAAACUCUGCACUCAUCUAUAGCAUGAAAAAAAUUGAGAAAAUCCCAUUGGAAUGACAGUAGCUCAAUUCUAUCAUUUUUUGCUUUCUUCUGUGUAUCUUUAAUGCAUUUUUUGGUUCUGUUAACAAACAUAAUGAGAGGUACUGUGAGUGGAGAAGUAACUGGUCCAAGGUUUACAGCUGGGAAGAAAAUCUGCCAUAUAUAUUUAAAAUCGUGAAUUGUGCAAUAACUAAAAUUAAAUUGUGAAAAUUAGGAUUGAAGAAGCCAAACAUUUUGCUAACGCACAUCUUUCAAAUUUGCAAUAUCUGAGUUGUCCAAUUAAAACAUUCGGCAUUUAAGAAACAAGGAGAAAUUGGAAACGAAGCUGAAAAUCUUACUAUUUCUUGUUUCUCUUUUUAAUACUAUUUUUAUUUCAUGUUCUAUGAACUAAACUGAUUAACAACAGAAUAGAAUUAACGUGUGAGGGAAGAAAUAUACCCUCUUCUAUAGAAUAUUUAAGGCUUCUUAUACAUUUAGUGGUAAUGAUAUUAUAACUGUAAUUUGUUGGUUCUGUUUCCUAGCCGAAAAUCACAGAGGAGAAUUUAACAUACGCUGAACUUGAACUUAUGAAGCCAAUUCAGGAAGCCAAAGGCAUUCCCAGUACAACAGUCUAUGCACAGAUACUCUUUGAGGAGAACAAGCUGUAAUAGUUCAUGCCUGUAUAAAUGUCCUUUGCCUGUGUUCUAUUUAAUUCUUGCUGUGCUGUUUAUUUAUAAAAAUCAUACAAAUGUCCUUAUUUUUUUACUUCCAUUCAUGCACUUCUAUUUUUCUAUGAGACUUUUAAACAAAAUGUAGUUAAAAGUAAUCAUAGAAAAAGCAGCUGGUCUACAACUGACAUCCCAGAGACACCCUUCGUAGUGUUUAGCCCCCCUGUUUAAAAUGGACUGAAGUUCUACCUGGGACAUUUUCAAUACUGAACAUUAUUUCAUCUUUGAAGCCAACGUGACAUGUCCAGCUUCAAAUAUUGACAUCUCAGCAAGCCUCAGAAGUACUAGUGGCAUGAUCCAUGCAUAUCAGCCUGCUUCUGAAGACAAAACCCACCGAUUUAUCAAAUAAAUGCUGGUUUUCCCAUCAGAAAAAUGUUAACCCAGUAAAGCUGAGACUUUUUCUUCUGUAGCAAAAGAAAAGUUAAAAUUACUUUUUCUGCUUUCUCUGCCCCCUCCAGAAAUGGUUGUCAAAAGAGUUGGUUUCUAUAUUUUCAAAUUCUCUUUCUAAAUGACAUUGAUUUUAAAAACUCAUAUUACUUUUAGUAAAGUUGUUUGUUAGUGCUUGAAGUCAAACAUUUCAGAAUAAUCCAAAGGAAACAUUCACAGUUAAAACCAAAUGAUUUGAGGAAGAAUAUUUAUAGCUUAGGAACAUUUUCCAGGAUUUUCUGGCUUUUUUUGUUUGUUUGUUUGUUUUUAAUUCUAACUGGGAAUAGGAAAAAUCUGCUAUAGAGUAAAAGACUUUAACAGAACCAUGAUACAGUUUUGGCCUUGACCUAGACUGGUGCUCCAAAAUCUGCAAAAGUUUCUUCCUGUGGUCUGCAUCAUUGAACUGCUUAUCUACAGGAAAAACUCACACAGCUGCUCCUUAGUAUGGAGCAGACUUCGUUAACACCCUGCACAAAAUACUAUUUCUCUUUCUUCACCUUAGUAAAUGAGGAGGUAUUCUUGCUUUUUAAUUGACACACAUUCACAGAAAAUGGACUAUUCUGUGAUAUCCAUGGCAUUUCAGUCACGAAGGAUAGCUAGACUGGUGUUUCAAGCUCCUAAAUCUCCAAUGCCCAAAUUCCACCAAAGUUCAGGGAGAGUUGGGUACUCAACAUCUUUAAACACUUGGGAAGCUUUAACCCUUGAGCAACUACAGAGUUAAUGGAGAUGCAAAAGCAUGGGCUCUUCACCCUCGGGCUCUGGAGAUCUGAUACUUGGCAUGUGCCAGGUCCUCUCCAGGUCUGAGAUGGACCCCCUUCACAGUCCACUCAUUCAGCAGCAUUCAGUGUGGAUUUUGGAAUAGCACUUGCAAGCCUUGUGUUUUGCAAGGGGAUCCGAAUUGCUUCCUCCUUUACAGGCCAGGCCUUUUUAGUGAUACAGCAACUUCUCAGCAGGGCUCAGAGCACAGCUGGGAGUCAUGGCAGGAACACUCAUGCCCUUAUUCCUCUUACUUCAUGGGAGCAAAGGAGAGUAGGACAAGGUGACAAUGCAGGGAUGGGCACAUGCAACAAAGGGAAAGAGCACACCACUGCCUAUUGGAGGGUUUCACCAUUUUAAGUGGGUCUGUAUAAACUGCUUUUUAACUUUCUUGAACGGGAGUAGAGAUCAGGCAGCAUACAUAAUCUUCUACUCUAGAGACAGGAUGUGCAAAAGUAAAAUGCAGUCGCCUGCUUCCAUGUUAGACAAAAAUCUCUUGUAUGAAAAAAAAGAAAUGUAAGAACAGCUUGUCAGGCUGGCCAUUAUGUGCAGUACUAAUUCCAACUCUACUCCUUCAUCAAAACAGUUGUUUCCAAACUAAGGCCACUAAUCAAUACAUUUACUAGUAAUUAUUUGCAUGUUUAAUGUUUGUGUUUUUGAGCUGUCAAGGAAAUGUUUAUUUUACCUUUUCAUUAUCCCAGGAGAUUAAUCACCCACCAAAAGAGCAUAAUACCUUUCCUUGUUCUCGGAUGUGGUGAUGGACUUCAAGUGAUAGCAGCAAUGAACUCAUUGAUCAAAAAGAAAUUGGUGCUAAAGAUUGAUCAAACAAUCAGGGAUCAAUUUUGGAACAGCCAGAUUGACUUAAUAUUCACAGAGGACACGUCUUAUGCAGACAUCUGCAAGGAAGGCCUUAGAAAAGUAUAUAACUUACUAGUGAUUCCUUUGGAAUUAAAAUAAAACCCCGACACUUUAAUGAGUUGACCACUUAGUUGCGAAAACUUUCUAAAGUUUCUAAAGUUCUUCAGAAAAGUCCUCUACUGUAUGUUUCUGCCCAGUAUUUUAAUGAAUACCAUUCUUUGUGUACUAAUACUCUAUAUAUUCUUGUUUAUGUUUGAUAUGUAAUUCCCCCAAAUAAUAGUUAAUUGAGCUAAAUAAAUUACCUUUUUUAUUGA